GUUCACAAUAACAAAGUAUCAAAAUGUUAUUAUGGACCUAUCCAAUCACCCUGUAUAUUGGCUACGUCGCCUCUUCCUUAUUUUCUGCUAUCCGGGCACGAUCGGCAAUAUUUCCCCAUGAGAGCAAAAGGAGUCGACGCAUCAACAUGUACUUCUUCGGCCUACACUGUGCGAUUAUAAUAACCCUACUGGGAACGAUUGGCAUUACAAUGUGCAUCCUCGCUAGGAAAAAUUACGUCGAUGAAUGGGAUUCCAAGAAUUACCUCUCGUCCAACAUAGCAGUAGGGCUCUUUUAUCUAGCCGGGCUGUUACCUGAUGCCGACAUGCCAUAUUCAGUUACUCUAGUUCAUUUUCAUAUGUGGCUGAUAAGCCUUGCAUAUGAAUCUGCAAGUUUACAUCAGAGUAUCGGGCUGCGAUCUCGGAAGCAAGACUCGCAUGUUCUAUGGUACAUCAGUGUGAUUACUUUCGGGAGUUUGCGGAUUCUAUUGCUACUCUUGGAAAUCGCCUUGUACUGGAUAACCGCACCGGAGUUAUAUAAUGAGAACAGGUCAUUUCCAGAUGAAAGUGACAGUUUGCUAGCUCAUAGUUCUAGGAACUAUACAGGUAAUUCUAGGCCUAUGAAGAGUACCGCGAGCGAUGGGCAUCGAAAAGGCGUAGACGCGCAAACAACAACCUGGUUGGACUAUCUUCUCGGGUUUCGGAAGUUGAUUCCAUUUCUCUGGCCAUCGGACUCUAAACCGCUUCAGGUUCGGGCAGUGUUUUGUUUCUUUCUACUCAUAGCACAGCGAAUUAUCAACAUAUUAGUCCCUCAUCAGAUCGGAGCCGUAGUCGCCUCGUUAGGGCCCGGAAAAAUUCCCUAUAGGGAAAUUCUCCUCUACAUCUUGUUUCGUGGGCUACAAGGACAACAGGGUGUUAUCGGUUCGAUUCGUGCUAUCCUCUGGAUCCCUAUUAGCCAAUCAACGUACCGGCGCCUAAGCUCUGCUGCUUUCGCACAUGUGUUGAGGCUUUCUCUCGACUUCCAUAUCAGCAAGCGGAUCGGCGAGGUGAUGAGUGCACUGAGUAAAGGCGGUUCAUUAAACACCUUCCUUGAUGGGUUUGCCUUUCAGCUCUUCCCGAUGGUAGCAGACCUGUGGAUCGCUGCGGCCUAUUUCUUCCUCAUCUUUGAUGCGUUCUACGCCUUGAUGGUGAUCGCGGUCACCUGGAUCUACUUAUAUGUUACUAUCUAUAUGGCUAAGUUUCGCGGCCGUGCUCGGAGAGAAAUGGUUCGACGAGAUCGGGAGAUGGAUGCAGCUAAGACAGAUGCCCUAUUAUCGUACGAGACCGUCCAUCACAGCGGCGCUGUCCCCAUGGAAAUCUCGAGGUACGAAGGGUUUAUAUCCCACUUUCAAGCCGCCGAGUAUAACGUUUUCUUCUCACUCAAUCUGCUCAACGCGGUCCAAAAUGGCGUUUUCACUUUAGGGACGCUUCUCGUUUGCUAUUUGAACGCUUACCAGAUUUCGAUUGACUUACGGGAAGUAGCCAUGUUUGUAACACUUCUUACCUAUUUAUCCCAGCUCCAGGCUCCGUUAAAUUUCUUCGGCAGCUUUUAUACACAAGUACAGAAUAACCUGGUGGAUGCCGAGCGUAUGCUAGAGCUAUUCGAAGAGGAAUCUACAGUAGCGGAUCGUCUCGGCGCCGUGGAUGUAAACUCACACGGGGGAAAGAUUUGUUUUUCAAAUGUUUCGUUUGCAUACGGUGACCGAAAGCCUGCCUUGCAGAAUGUGUCCUUUGAGGUCCUACCUGGCACGUCCACAGCCAUCGUUGGCGAAAGUGGAAGUGGAAAGUCGACUAUAAUCAAAUUGAUUUUUCGGUUUUACGAUGCCAACCAAGGCAAGAUCACUCUAGACGAUAUAGAUAUUCGCAACAUACGCAUCGAGAGCCUUCGAAGCCAUAUAGGCGUGGUGCCGCAAGACACCAUAUUAUUCAACGAUACUAUAAUGUAUAAUAUCCGUUACGCGAGACCAGAGGCUUCGGAGCGAGAGGUACAUGAUGCAUGUAGAUAUGCUAGCAUUCACGAGAAAAUAUUGGGCUUUCCAGAAGGAUAUUCAACUAUUGUGGGAGAAAGAGGCCUUAAGAUUUCGGGUGGGGAAAGGCAGAGAGUUGCUAUUGCUCGUGCCUUUCUGAAGUCUCCUCGUGUCCUACUCCUCGACGAGGCUACAUCCUCGCUUGAUUCAGAGACGGAAGGACAGAUACAGGGUUCUCUUGAAAAGAUUUCUGAGGGGAGAACAACGAUUACUAUCGCACAUCGACUGUCCACAAUAACUAAAGCGAAUAUGAUUCUUGUUCUUCAAGGUGGUCAGAUAGUGGAAAGGGGUAACCAUGUUGACUUGCUUACAAGGAAUGGACUCUAUGCGCAAAUGUGGAACAAGCAAACGGAAGCAGAGGUGUCAGAUAAUAGAUGAUUGAUUGAUUGAACUAAACCUAGACGAAAUUUUCUUUUUUACCAACAACCAAGAUACCUCUAAAUGUCCGAAUAAGUCAAAGCACCCUUACGGGGGCCACCCUAGUAGGGGCCACCUUAAAAACGCAACGCGUUUGCAAUGAAGUUUACAUAUAAAUUAUUAUAUAAUUUUAUUAAUUUUUAAUUAAUUAAAAAAUAAAAUUUAUUAUUUAAAUCUUUA